AUGCACCAGACUAGCAGCAGCGGCGAUGACGAGGACCCCGACCCGCCCGUCACCAGAUCUAGGGCGUCGAACAAGGGCGACAAUCCUACUGCUCCCUGCCCGCCGACGAAGGACACCGGAAGGGCUUCUAGGUUCGCGUCUCAUGUUGUGAACAAGGCGAAGGAGCCCGUGCCGGACGACAUGGUGACCGCUGUCGCCCGGAAUUAUAAGAAGGCAACGUACAGCAACGUGAUGCUCAUGAAUCACCGCGGUGUCGGAUGCACGGUGGAUAAGGACGACUUCAUGUCAAUCGAGGACGAUCAGUGGAUUACAGAUGGUGUCAUCGACUUCCACAACGUGCUGCUUAGCAUCAGGAAACCAACGCUCCGCGACGGGAAGACAUGGGCCGCCAUGGACUGCAAGGCUUACACACAGACGAAUUCGCAGGGUGCGCCGUUAACGCUUGGGAACGGGCGGCCGCUUCUGGAACACGAUUAUCUGGCGAUCCCGGUGCUAGAAUCUGAGCACUAUUCGCUGGCCAUCGCAAUAGAUCCAUCGGUGCUCACCAAGUCGCCGAAAUCGAAGGGCAAAGAGCGCUUGACGUUGGUAUUGAUGGACAGCGCGAUCAAGCAUCGGAAUAGCCGCAAGAUUUUAGCAGGAACAAUGCUUGUGCUGUCUGAGCUCGCAAAGGCGAGCUCCCCAAGCGCGAACAUGGAGUUUGUGGACCAGACGCUGAAGGAGGCGGACUGUUGCAUUUUACGGGAGGACAAGCUGCCACAGCAGCCUAACAAGGAGGACUGUGGGAUUUUUGUUUGCCAGUACCUCAAUUCCCUCGUGAAUACCGACUUCGCCACGGUUCUUUCGGGCCUCUGGUUCCAGGGUGUGACACCGCACCAAUACAGGCGGGAGAUGCGGCGCGACCUGUGUGCACACGCGAGCGGCGCUCUUUUGCAACAGCUGCAGGAUAUGGGCAUUGAGAUCCCCCCGCAAGACGGAGGCCGGGUUACCGAUGAGGGUACAGUGGUGCAGUCGAAGAACGCGGCUGUGGGAGAUGGGAGGCCGGCACCGGUCACUCGCCCUGUGGAGGACGCACGGGUUACGGAGGUGAUGUACCGUGUAGCCUCCUUGACUAACGAUGUGAGGUACCUGAACGCCACCGUCACCGUGAUUGCCAACUUUGUGGGACUGAGGCGGGACGAGGUCGUGUCCGCUGCAACCCAACUGCUGCUGCAGGGCGGUCACCCGGGCACCGGCACGAAUGCAGAGGCGGGUGGCAACAAGACUGCGCCUCGCACACCACAGCGUCCGUCUGCCCGUAAGAUGCGGGCCGACAGCAGUCCUGAGGAGGAUGGCGUGCGCAACGGCACCCGGGUAGCGCUGGCCUCCACGUUCGCUGCAUGUGCGCCUGCAUCGAGCCUGCUCCCGAACCCGCUGCUCUCCCAAGGUGCCAUACCUCACUGGAUGUUCACGCGCGGGAGGCAGCUGCUCGGGAACGGUGUGCCACCUGGAGAUGCCGCGUGGGGAGACACGCACGGGCAGGAGACGCUGAAGGGCGAAGAGGAGGAGGACCUCGUGUCCGACUCAGACGACGAUGGCGAGGACGAGGAUACGUGUGCACGGGUGUGA